AUGCUGCCACCACCAUGCUUCACUGUAGUGAUGGUGCCAGGUUUCCUCCAGACGUAACGCUUGGCAUAAGAAGUCAAGUUACACUUCUACCUGUGUAGAAAAACACUGUGUAUUAACAUGUUGUUACUUAGUACUUUGGUAGAGCAUGAUUCCCGCCAGGGUCACCAACACGGAAAAUGGAUGCAACUGUAAGUCUGUUUGAAUGCAUCUUGCAUCUGCAAAAUGGUGUGUUAUUUCACUUGUGUAACAACCGAAACCACUAACAUGUCAGUCACUAGCAGAGUCAGACAGGAGUUUGUUUCCUCAAGGUCCAUUUGAACAGGUGCCAUACUCCCAACGCUAAUACAAACACUAGCACACACACUCUCAAUUCUGGAAUUCUGAGAACAACCCCCGUCAUGAAAGCGAUGCGUCAGCCGCAUAACUAACGAGUUUGACAUAUAAAUAGGCGUCUAUAACCCACUGAACAUCACUGAAACAGGUUGAUCUUCUGAACAAGUGCAGGACCCAAGAUGCAGACUCUACAGGUACUCUCUCUGACUCUGCUGUCUAUUCUGGCCGCUAACGCCCAAACUUUACGCCCUGGAAAAUGCCCCCAACCUCCCGUCCAAGCUAAUUUCGACGCCGCCAGGUAUCUGGGCAAGUGGUACGAGAUCAAGAAGCUCCCUGCCGUCUUCCAGAAGGGCGAGUGUACCACAGCUACCUACUCUCUGGAGAGCCCCGGAGUCGUUGGUGUGCUCAACAGGGAGCUGCUUGCUGAUAACACUGUCAGUGUUAUUACUGGCUAUGCUAAGGCCAAGGACCCCUCUGAGCCCGCCAAGCUGGAAGUCACCUUCUUCGAGGACUCUCCCCCCGGCAACUACUGGGUUCUGUCCACUGACUACGAGGGCCACUCCGUGGUCUACGGCUGCACCGACAUCCUGGGCACCUUCCAUGCUGACUUUGCCUGGAUCCUGAGCAGAGAGUCCACCCUGUCUGAGGAGAAACUGGAGGAGCUGUACCACGUGUUCACCUCCAAUGGCAUCGACAUCGACGUGAUGACCGUCACCAACCAGAGCCCAGAGCUGUGCGCCGACAUGCCUCUGUGGGCCUAAGAGACCUGAUUUCAGUCUACAACAUACGUAUGGUUUGCAUUCAUAGCAUGGCUUGCACAUAGACUGCUGUACAAUGUCCAAUGGUUGAUACCUGCAUGGUUGUCUUGUGUUUGGUCUGUUUAUGUUAACUUGUGAGGAAAUGCAAUAAAAUGAUACUAGAAACAUU